ACAAGUUUAACUACUCAAAGCUUUUCAUGUGCUUUUUCAGAAUAUUUAGUACUUCUUCUCUUCAUCAUUUGCUUAAAAGAUCAUGGCUAUCCGUAUGCCUCGUAUUAUCAACAAGUCUUCUACAACUAGAGAUGUUCCAAAAGGCCACUUUGCUGUUUAUGUAGGGGAAAAGCAGAAAAAUAGAUUUGUUAUCCCCGUAUCAUUCUUGAGUGAACCUCUAUUUCAAGACUUGCUUAGUCAAGCUGAGGAAGAAUUUGGCUUUGAUCACCCAAUGGGUGGUGUCACAAUUCCCUGUACCGAGGAUGUGUUCAUUGAUCGCUUGAAUAGGAUCUGAGGCUUUUCCUUUCACAGUUUUGUAAAGAACAAGAUUUACAGUUUGUACAUUAGAGAAUUAGGAAAUACACAUUAUUUAC